AAAACAUAAGACAUCGCAUCAAAAGCACUCUCUAAUCAUUUGCGUCGCAACCCUACAUUCUUUUUUUUUUCGUAUUUUUGUUUCUACCAACAUUUAACAUAAAUGUCGAUCCAUUGUUGUUCAGGUAACGACGGGAUCUCAGAGAAGGAAAUCACUGUCAAUCUUACGACUGGUAAGUUUAUUCCUUGUAAUCGUUUAGAGUAAUUUCGAUGGCCAUGAUCUUAGCGACGACAUUUGAGCCACUAUUAUCCCAACAAACUGACUAUAGCAUAUUUGCCAUUCAUUAAGCUAUAUGCUUCACGUUAUGAGAUUUUAUUAUCCUUAGUUCAAAUGGCGUGAACAAGGGUAUUAUAAAAUAAGUCAGCUACUAGAUUUGUUUAUGAAGGAUAUUGUAAAUAGAGUACUCGUCUAAAAAGAAAUGCACGUGUUGAAGAUUCUAAGGAAGCUGUUUUUCGGGAACUUUUUUAACCUUAAAUUGAUUUAUGAGAUUCGGAAUUUUCGCUGUCGAAUCACAUGCUCCAUACAUAGUAUAUCCUCAGAACAAAUGCAAGUCAGUGAAUAGUGAAUUUGAUGAAGUCAAUGAAUUAGCUUUAUGACGAGGUAAAUAUAAUGCUGCUCGUCAUAAACAGCCCUGUAGAUGUACCCUAGUAUUAUAGAUCAUUCUAUCGAACUACUUUCCAUGAUUUACUUCAUAUCGAACCACCAGAUGGGGAAUUUUCCAACAAAACUUUGUCCACCCGCUCGCGAGGACCUACCCUUUCGACGGAUUGUUCUAAGGAAACAGAUUAAGACGCUUUCACGCGAGACCUUUUUGUCAGUGAGAAAGUAACAAGUGAAAAGAAGUUCCAAGUUACAAGUUUCGACAAGUUAAGAAUGUGGCUUAUGAGAUCAAAUACGAUAUAGUGUUUGUUUAGUCUUUGUAAUGUUUGAACUUACUUACCUUGACCCCUUCUUAAAAGCUGCAUACUAGCAUUUUUACUACUUUCCGAAAUAAUAUUCUUUUCUGUUGUCCUUCUAUUUAGAAAAUUUUACCGAAGAUUCAAAACAUAUUUUACUGUCCCCAUUUUAGCAGUCAUUGACAGAGAGAUCUUAAGUAUUUAUAUCAAAGGCAAGCCUAGCAUUGUUGAAUUUAUGUUUCCUUGUGAACUAAUGUACAGAUAUUCUGUAUCGUUUUCUGGUACCCAUUAAUUUAUUACUUCUUUAGUUGUGAUGUUUGAUUAAUCUGAGUACACUUUCUUGCUUCAUUAUUUUUCAUUUUAUUCUCUAUUUUUAAAGAUUGUGCCAGGUCCCCAAAUUGAGUGGGGCUUGUAAUGAGGAAGAGUGCGGCAGGAGAGUACAUCAAAGGCUGCUUCAGACCAGUCCGUGUUCUCUCACUGCUUCUUCUCGUCAUUACUCUGAUUGUUUUAUUCAAAGAACUUUGGAGGCGAAACGAACCUGCAAAGAAGCCUCCUCCACCAGCUCUUGACCUUGGCUGCCUGUAUACAGUACACCCUCCACAGGGAACCCAGGCGUGGCAGCUUAUAUCAUUCAUUAUAAGUCCAACGCCAAAGCAAAAAUGCCAUGUUGAUGCGUGGAACACUAUCUGUGGCACAGGGCAUGGUGCCUCCAACUUUCGAAUACAAGCCUUUGGUUCUCAUGAAAUGGUUACAGGAAAAGUUCAUCACAUUGCAAAUGAUACUUACAACGCCACUCUGUUGUUAACUUUCGCGGAUGAUUAUAUAAUCUUGGUCAUUUUGACUUAUGUAAAUAACGACAGUCUUGAGUAUCGAUAUCACGCGAAAGCUGUUUUACAGCAUGUGCUGAACAGUCCCUUUGAUCUGACUGUUACCCGGGGUCCGCCUCCGCGGGAUCACACUCGUUAUUGCACUCGGGAGGAAAGUGGAACUUUCCAAGGAAGGUGGGUGGAAUGCGGAAGUAUCUCAGGAAUCGAGAGAUGCGGUCAGUGGCAGCUUGACCCCGCUUACGACUUCGAUCAAAUCCACGGUUUUCAUUGGCUGCCAUAUUUUUGCCAGUUGCAUCACUACAGCAGCGAUGAGAUCAAAAAAUGUUUUGCAAAGCAAGGUUGGUCCGAGGUCGUUUUCACCGGAGACUCGCACAUGCGCUAUAGAACGUAUCAUUGGGUGACACGACUGCAUGGCUCCUGUCACGGUUGUAUUAAAACGCACGUAAAAAUGGUGUUUGACAAGAUCCCACGCAUUGAAUGGGUAUUUGAUGCGCGUGGAACGCGAUGGCCACUUACGUUUCCAAACAUCUCAAUGCCCCACGAGGUUUACGUCCACCCAAGAACAAGACGGUCUAUGUUCUCCAAAGGACUACCAUCAUCCGUAUUCAGCGGUAAACUGUUUCUUAUGAACUUUGGGCACUGGAUUUUGCGAGAGAGCACAAAGGAAACAUUCAUAAGAGAUAAAAUUCACGCCUUUCUUGAGGCAAUUCGAGUAAUGAACCGAACAGGUGAAGGGAAAAAGAGAUUUAUAUGGUUAAACACAGUAAGUCUACCUUGGAGAGAAGAUCAGGCGAUGGUAGAAUGGCUAGAAAAUCCAUCCCCGACGCGCGUGGCGCAACUAAACAGUCUGACAGACCAGGUUAUCAGGGACAGUGGCGUUCAGAUCAUCGAUGCGUUCCAGAUAUCAAAUAGUCGCAUAGGCGCCACACACGACCAGACACAUUACGCAAAGAGGAUGGAGAGGGGGGACUGUGGAGGAGUGGUGGAAAAUGCCAUCAGUAAUGUUAUAGCUAAUGCUCUAUGUAACUAUGACAAGUGGUAA